AUGAAUGAAGAUAAUUCACAGAAUUCACAGGAAGCAUUUAGUAUACCAGGCUACUUCUACGAUAAAAAAAAAAAUAGAUACUUUCUAAUAGACAAUGAACUGAAAAAGCAAUUGAAAGAAGAAGAAUUUAAAAAACAAGUGAACGAUGCAAAGAGAAAAAAUCGAAAGACAAAUAUAGAAGAAAAAGAAUCGACAAAAAAAAAAUUCCACAGAAUCCAUGGAAUAAAAGAAAUGAAAAAAAAAAAAAAAAAUGCAAGUGCUCACAAGUUAAAUAUAAAAAAUAAAGAACAAGAGUGUAAGUAUUCGGUUCAUAAUUCUCAUGAUAUAUUUAAUAAGGAAAAAAAUUUAGAACUAAUAAAGAAUGAAUUAAACUCUUUAAAAAAAAGUAUACCAGAAAACCAAAAUAUAUACAAUAUACUUAAGAAUAUCCGAAAUUUCAGUUUUAGAGAAAAUUCCAUUUUGAGUUUGCCGCCCAUUUUUAUUAACCGAUGUUCUUACGAGUAUAUUUUUGUGCAGGAUUUAUGUGAACGUCAACCUGACAACACUUCAUCCUUUUGUCAACAUGGAGAUGACAAAGGUGUAUCCUGUUUACAUCAUCUAAAUAUUCAGAAGGGUCUGAAUAUUUUAAGUAUCUUCCAUGCUUCCAAAAGUUUGAACAAUCAAAAUGACAAUGUGAAUGGAGAGGGUGUCAACAGUGUCCGGAGUGGGAGGAAUAUCUCGAGAGAAGACCCCUCUUUAAACCCUAAAAGAAAUGACAGUAUGGAACUUUCCGCUGCAGAUAUUAAAUUCUUUAAUGUAUGCCAAAAACUGAUGAGUGAAAAUAUGAUAAAUGAGUUAAAACCUCUAGACAUAGGCAAGAACGAAUCAUUUAAUUCGUAUAGAAGCUUCAGAAAACAGAGUACAUGUAGUAAUAAAACAGAAGAACAAACUAAAUUUUGUAAUAAUAGAAACAAGAAAAAUUAUUUUAGCAAAGAAUUAGAACAUGUAAAAACUGGGAAUAAUAUGAACACUGGAUGUGAUGAACUAGGGAGGGGUCUACUGUUUCCAAAAUUAUUUGGUCAAACGUACGAAAAAUUAAAUUCCUGUAACAUACAAAGUGUGAAAUCAAAGAUCAUUAUGAAUAGAUACAAGGCUAAUUUUUAUUAUUUUUAUAGUGUCCCAAGUCGAAUUGUCGCUAGCAUACACAGAAAUAAUAAUGAAAUUCGGACCUCCAAUAGACAAAACAACAUUAGUGAUAACAGCAUCACUGACAACAAUUUUAAUUACAUUUAUAAUCAUCAUAACACAAAUCGAGACGAACAUAGUAAUACAAAUGUUGCAAUUGAUGAAAACUAUGUAAUGAGGAGACACAGGGAUUCCAUCCAUAACAAUACCUCAUACAGUAGAAUAUUUCAAGAAAGAAGUGAACGAAGAUUUGAAGAACAUGUGUCUUUGGAAAAUUUAGAUGCAAUAAGACACGAAACACCUAUUUUAAAAACAUACAAACCAGUAGAAUCCUUUUUUCAUUUAUUCACGAAUCCUUUUUAUGAGGAUUUUAUUUUUAGUACUACUAAAGAAAAUAAUUGUUCCUUCAGUUUGGGAGCAAUUGAUAUGAUGAAAUUUAUUCAGAAAGAUAAGAGGUCACCACUAGAUGAUAUAGUUCAUGAAAAUAUGUAUUACAAUACAGAAACAAAAUAUUUUUGUACAUAUUCUAAGGAGAAUAGUGAAUUACUUUGUGUUUCCCCACAAAUAUUAUCACAUUUUAGUAUUUUUAAUUCUGAAUAUAUUGCUUAUUCAUCAUAUCCAAAUAUGAAAGAUGAAAAAAGUUUAUUAUGUAUGUUUAACAUAGUCUCUUUUUUUGAGCCCAAUCCGAAAAUAGUUACAUACAAUUUUAAAAAUGAAAUUAAUUACUUCAGACUGUUUCCAUCAAUGCAAGAUAAUUACUACUAUCAUCAUAAUGGAAAUACAUGGGGGACAGAUAGCGAUACCAUGAAUGAUGGUUAUUCAUUCCACCAUAAUAACAAAAUUGAUAAAAUUUUUAUAUGCGGAUCUAAUCCAUGUUUCAGUUUUAACGCAAUAAAAGAUGAUGGAGUUCCAUAUUGUAUAUGGGAUAGCAAAAAAUUAAAAGUGCACGACUUAUUAUCCAUGAAUGAAGAUAUAACAUCUUUUGUACACAACAUUCUAAUUGGAUGUCAACACCCUUUUACCAAUUUAAAUGACGAUUACAUUAGCCAGAAAAGAAAACAGUUUCAAUCAAAAAGGUGGAAAGAAAAACUAAAAAGCGAAAUAGAAAAUAAUAAAAAUGAGCAUGAAAAUCCGUAUACAAAAGAAAGAAAAGCAUUCAUAGAUUACGACUCGCAAAGUAACACACACAAAAAAAAUAAUCAUAAUAAAAGAAAACAUCCUUGUAAAGAUCCAAAUGAUAACGUUGACAAUGUUCACCACUUUUGUAAACAUGAAACAUCAAAAAAGAAACAUAACAGUUUUAUAGACAAAUCAAAGCAUCAUUUAAAUAACCGUUCAAAUAAGUUUAACCAUCCCCAACAUACUCCUACUGUACAGAACACAAGUGAAAAAAUGAGAAAUAAGCAUAACAAUGCUUCGCAUAACUAUUAUCCAUCAAAUUCGGGAAAGUAUAAUGAUAAUAAAAAAAAAGGAAUAUGUUGUGAAAAUGUAAGGAAAUCAAAUAAUAAUGUUUUUUUAUGUUGCAACACAGAACAUUUAUAUUUGUGUGACAUACGCUGCAACUUUUUAAACACCAUAUCGAAGCUGAAACCGAAUGAAGGAUAUGUAAAUAAAAUAUACGCAUUAAAUAACAGCUAUCAGUAUAUACUAUCAAAGACGAAUAAUCAUAUAGGGCUAUAUGAUAUGCGUUAUGUAUCAUAUAAAUACAAGGAUGAUAAAACAAGUACCUUAGUAACAUCGUAUGAAAGAUUUGUAGAUAAUAACAACCUAAAAAAGCAUCUAAACGAUUUUUACAUUAUAGAUAAUGAACAAUUCAUAGUUUCACUAGACACAUAUACAAAUUCUGUUUAUAUAUAUGAUAUUAUGAAUGUUAAUAACAAAAUAAUAAAUUUAGAUGGGAAUUCGGAUUAUUCAAUAUAUGCUAAUAUACAUGCCUACAAUAAUUUGUCAAGAAUACCAUAUAUAUAUUCAUGUAAUCAAUACGAUGACGAAUAUCAUAAUUAUUAUAAAAAAAAAAGUUGUGAAACUAAGGCAACUGAUACGAAACAUACGAAUCAUUUUAAUCCAUUAAGAUCUUAUCCACAAGAAGACCUAUUUAUAGGAUUAAAUGUUCAAUCAAUUUUACCUCUUUUUUUUGUUAAGCAAAAGUAUAGCAAGCAUAAUUUCAUUUCAAUAAAUGAAGGUGGCUUUAUUUGUACUAUAAACGUGUAA